AGGGCUUCGCGGCCAUGUUGAAAUUUGCACUGACAGUUAUUCCGUUGUGAUUUUUCCUCAACUUGGAAGCAACCCUACAUUGUCUGUUUUUUUCAUCAGCACACACUCCAGUGCAACGUUUUUCGGUCUCUAUGAAAGCCUUGAUUUCUAGAAGAUGGACCAAGAUGAACGGCGAAGAAAACUAGAGGCCGGAAGAGCGAAGUUCGCACACUUUAGACAGCAGCGGGCGAAAGUUAGCAGUGCAAACGCAGAAAAGAAGACCGCAAGAAGGAAGAGCCAGACUGUCCAGACCGAUGACUGUUCAGAGGAGAGAGAGGAGUCCCAAACCAAACAUGCUCCUGGACAGGAUGGCAAGGAGGAGCUUGAGGAGUCAGAGCAGCCUUAUGACACAGGCGUUCCAGAGCAAAGCUCGCUUCUUGUGGAUGGAACGACGGCAGAUCAGAGUGACGAGCAAGAAGAGCUUUUAGGAGCGAUUGUAGUCUCACACACGAGCAAAGAACAACUGAAGCAGUUACAGGCAGCAGUGGAGAAGCGAAAUGAGAUCAUUUCACAGCUCAGCAUCAACCUGCAGGCGGCGCUAAUGAGCCGAGAGCAGGUGCAGCUUGAAGCACAGCAGCUGACGGGUCAGAUACAGGAGCUGCAGCAACAACUACAGCAGGCUAUAGAGUACCUGCGCAGUAAAAGUGUGGGAUGGCUGGAUCUCUCUCAAACCCAACAAACCCACCGCCAGCUUCUUAUCGAGCCCUCUCUGCAGACUGGUAACUAUCGACAGAUCCUCUUGGCUCAGAAGGAAACGGAGAUUGCGGCUUUCCAACAGAAGCUCACAGUCAUGGAGGAUUCCCUCUCUCAGUUCCAAAGUGCUUUCACGGCAAAUAACAUGGAGCAGGUCAAAUCAAGCUUGUGCCACAACGCUGAAAUCCUGUCCGGGGUUAACACGAGCCCAGAGAACAAACUUGAUUCGAGCAGAGAUCUGAUUCUGAGAUUAAAAUGCGAGCUGGACCAAGAGCGACAGAAUAGCAAGCGAGUGCAGGAACGUGCCGAGAGCCUGCAAGAAAUGGUUUUGAAAUACGAGAGCGAGAAGUUUGAGACAGAGGCUCGGUUACAGUCUGUUCAGGAUGAUCUCGAGAGCGCGUUGAAACAGGCACGUGAGGCGCAGCAAUACAAAGCGGAAAAAGAGCGACUCAACCAGGAUGUAGUGCGUCUAGAUGGGCUGGUGCAAGAACUUCAGAACAGGCUUCAAGAAGAAGAAGAAACGUCCAAGCACCUCCUUUACAAAUACGAAGCUGAAAUCGCAAACUGUGAGCUGCGUCUCCAGACCCUGGAGGAAGAGAGGGUGUUAAAUGUAGCGCAGUUAGGUGAAGUGCACGAGGCUGCGCUCAAGCGUCUCCGAGAGGAGCAUUCUGAGGAGGUUAGACGAAUUCAGGAACUGUUAGACCAAGCCCAAAAACAUGACCUUCAUGGUGCAUCUUCUGAGCUUGAUACAAAUGUCACCUGGAUUCAAACCUCUGAAGAACAGCACAAUCAGGAGACUGCCACUGAAGGUUCUCCUGAAGCUGUUCCAGGUAUGAAUGCCUCGGUUACCGAUGACUUGAUGGAAAGGUACUUGGCAUCUGCUGUGCAGUGUCAAAGCUCAUGGAUGGAACAAAGUCUGGAGGAGCACAACAUCAUGGAGAACUCUACUGUCUCCAAGUUGGAGUUUGAAGACGAAUCAAGAUUUUUGAUUCACCUUGAAUCUGGUGCUCAUAACACAAACCCAGACGAUCAACCAUCAGGACUAGAUGGCGUGUCCUUCACCCAAGCUCCGUGGCAGAGCUUCAAUUCGACCUCAAAUGAUCUGAAUGAAAGCUUGGAUCUGGGCAAGGAGCUUCUGAUCCAACAGUGCAGAGACCUCACAGAGCAGCUGGAAGCGAGAGAGAAACAAAUGGAUGUUCUUCAGGAAGAAGUUCGGUGCUCUGCUGAAGAGUUGGAAGAGGCACGGGAGCGUUGGAGUAAAGCGUCGGAGGAGCUUGAGGAAGUGAAGUGGGAGCUGGAGACGGAACGAGACAAGAGGCUUCAUUACGAGGAGAUCCUCAACGAGAAAAUCCAUGAGCAGGACAACCUAAAGAACAAACUCAACUACUUGGAGAAGGAGAAAGGGCAGCUAACGUCCAACAUGGAGGUUGACGAUAAGGACUAUUCCACAGAGGAGCUUCUGAAGGAACUGAAGGAGGACAAGGUCAAGCUCGUUCUCCAGCUCAAACACCAAGAGGAGCUGGUCCGACACAUUCAAGAGCAGAAGAUGGCCGGAGAUCCGGUGAGCUGUGAAGUCCAGGCCCUGUUCGGGCGGCAGCUCUCCUCCCUGCAGGCUCAGAGGGACCAGCUCAUGGCCCAGCUGGAGAGCCAGAGGGAAAAGAACCAAACCACGUCUGAGCUGCUAGGACAGAAGACCCUCGAGGUGGACUCUGCCUACCGGGAGAUCAAGCAGCUCAGAGUAGAGGUGGAGGAGAAAGUAGAAAACCUGCAAAGGUUGGAGAAGGUCCAAGUGGACCUGGAGUCCAAGCUGACUUGUCUUAAAGAGAACCUGAGUAACAUGGAGGAGGCGUUACGUCAGGGUUCGGCCGAGAAAGCUGCUUUGGAGAAGCGACUGCAGACGCUAGACGAACAGAACAAGAACAUGGAGAAGGUUCUGGAAACGGAACUGGAGAGCUUUGAGCUCCGGCUUCAAGCGAAAGAUGUGGACCUCAAGCAGAUGAAAGAAGCCAGGGAGAAAGCGGAGGAGGAGCUCAUGGAGAAGGAGGAAGCUUUGCAGAAGGAGUUGAGAGAACAUGAAGAGGAGAAGAAAAGACUUGAGGAGAAACAUCAACAGGAGGUGCUGGACUGGAGUUUGCGCUUGGAGAAGGAGCUCUCUGUGCUGCGCUUCAACCUGGAAGAGGAGCAGAAGAAACAGAUCACCCUAAUUAAGCAGGUGCACGAGCGAGAGCAUCAGAGAGAGCUGGCCAAGCAGGUGGCUCAGCGGAGAGAGGAACUUGACCAGCUGAAGGCUGAGCACUCUGCGGAGCUGAGAGACAGCAUGGAGGCUGCGCAUGAGGCAGAGCUUUCACAAGCCCAGACGCAGCAUGCUCUGGAGUUGGAGGCUCUUCGUCUGAGCCUGACCAACCUACACACAGCGCAGCUGGAGCUCACCCAGUCCAACCUGCAGAAGGAGAAGGAGGCUGCGCUGAGCGAGCUGCAGGCCAGCCUGAGGGAGAAGUGGGCUCAGGAGUGCGCUAUGCUCCAGACACGACAGCAAUUUGAGCUCGAGAGGCUCCGGGAGCAGAGCCGGGAGCAGGAGAAACAAGCUGAGCUCCAGCAGCAACUGGCCAUCGAUGAUCUGAAUUGCAGUUGGGAAAAGCGCAUUUCAGAAGAACGGGCCUCACUGGAGCAACAGCAGGCCAGUAGACUAGAGGAUGCAAAGGCUCAGUUGUUACAAGACUCCAAAAAAAAGCAGUCAGAGCUUCAGGCAGCCCUGGACAAAGCCGAGGAAAGUUUGGCUGAGACACAGCACAAGCUUGAGGAGCUUCAACAAUCUAAAGAGGAUGAAAUCAAGCAUCUGGAGUCGGAGUUGAGUCAGGCGUGGUCCGACCGAGACUCUGCUGCUCGUGCUGUUGAAGAACUGGUUGCUAGUCACAAGGUGGUGCUAAAGGAGCAGCAGGCUCACACGCAAGAGCUGGAAGAAAAAGAGAAACUGCUUAAGCAAGAGGUGGCUCGUCUGCUCAUAGAACAAGAGGCACAGAAAGCCAGCUCCGAACAGGAGAUCUCUAACCUCUGGUCUCAGCUGGAGACCAUGAGGACCAGCAGGCAGGAACUGGGAGAGUUGAAGGAGCAGUUGCUGGCGCGCACGUCACGUGUCGAUGACCUUGAGCGGCUGAAGCAGGACUUCUCUCAACAGCGGCGGGAGCUCCAGGAGCAGAACGAGGCAGAGCUGGAGAACCUACGCGUGUACUUUGAACAGCGGCUCCGGGCCAGCGAGGAGAACCACCGGGAAGAAAUCGCCCUGCUGCAGCGCCGCCUUGUAGAGAGAGCCCUGGAGGACUCUGUCAUCAAGACCGGAGAGGCAAGCUUCCUCUCUGAUGGGAAGUCUGUGGAGGAGGGGGAGGACAUGUUGGCAGAGAUUACGGAGCAACUGGAGAAACACAAGCUGGAGCUGGAUGCUCUGCGUUUGCAGCUGGAGGAGAAGCACAAGCAGGACCUGGAGCAGCUGCGCUGUAGCAUGGCUCUGUCCUAUAGAGAGGAGUUACUGCAGGCUCGUUCGGAGCUCACCGACCGCUACUACAGUGACAUGGAGCAGCUCAAAACCAAACAUGCCUUGGAGAUUGAACAGCUGCGGGCCAAGCUCUCAGACAGCCACCUCAAAGACAUAACAAAGCUGCGGCUGCAGUCGGCAUCGGAUGUGGCGCGUCAGGUGGAGGCUGAGCUUGAGGAGAAGACCCGGCUCCAGACUCAGGAGCACCAAGUCCGGCUCGCUCAGCUUGCCUCAGACACCGAGCGCAUACUGAGCCUGGAGAGGGCGCUAGCAGAGCUCACCCUGCAGCAUGGCCGAGAGCUGGAGAGAGCCACUGAGGGACACACAGAGGAGCUCAGAGAGCUGGAGGACAGGCUGAAGAAAAACUUUGCAGAGGAACUGUGUAUGCGUCUUGCGGAAGCGCAGCAGGAAGAGAGGAUCCUUGUUACUGAAGAGCUCUCUCACCGGAGCAGUGAGGAACAGCUCCAGAUCAGGGAGCAGCUUCAAGCUCAGGCUGAAGAGCGUACGGCUUCCCUGAGAGAGGAGCUCCAUCAAGCGGCCAAUAAGGAGAGAAUGGAGCUGGAGCAGAAGCUUGCUCGGGCUGAGGAGCUCCUGGCUGAGGAAAGGCAGAGGCUGCAAGCCCUACAGGCUAGUCUGGCGAGUGAGGAGAGCCCUCAGGUUGUGGCCCUGAAGCAGAGGCUUGAAGCUCAGUAUGGGAGCGAGCUGCGCACAGCGAAGAGCACGAUGUUGUCUGAGGUGAAGGAGCUGAACGCUUUGCUGCAGGAGGAGACGGAAAGCAGGCUACAGGAGGCCACGUCCAGGCAUCAGGCGGAGCGGCAGCUAGCAGAGAAACUCAUCCAGCAGAGAGAGGUGGAUCUUCAGAAGCUGAAGCAACAACAUGCUCAGGACCUGCUGGCCCAGACAGCUCUUCUGGAUCAGAACAUUUCAAAACUGCAACAUCUCCAGAAAGAGUACCAGGAACUCAAAACCCGACACCAGGACGAGCUAGACUUGCUCUCUUCCAAUCACAAUGCAGUGCUGGACUCCCUUGCUGAGAAACACAGGGCGGAGCUCGAUAAGCUCCAGGUGGUCCUUCAGGAGACCAACGUAGCGCAGCUCGAAGCCCAGGAGGCGGAGCUUGGGGCGCGUCACAGGCAGGAAAUGGAGGAGCUGGAGACUAGGAUGUUGAGCAACAUGGACACUCUGGAGAGCACAUACUUGAAGGAGAUCCAGGCAGUGCGCGAGGAGAAAGAAGAGGCGCUCCGGGAGCUCGGGGCCUCACUGGAGCAACAGCAGGCUAAAGAGAUCGAGAGAGUGAAGCAGGAGGAGCUUGCGAUCAGAGAAGAGUUGAGGAAAGAGCUGGCACGGGUCCACAUGGACAAGUUUAGUGCCAUGGCGACUGAGCUCAGCCACGCCCAUCAGGCAGAGCUGUCUGCGGCGCUCGCUUCUCAGAAGGCUGCUCUGCAGUCGGAUCACCACUCUGCACUUGAGACCCUGCGGCAGCACGUGCUGGAUCUGGAGACUCAACACGGCGCCGCCCUCCAUGAGGUCACAGUCAUGACCACCAACGAGAAACAGCAGCUGCAGCAACAGCUGGAUGUGCUGAAUGCACAGCACCAGCAACAACUCCAGGAACUGAGGACAACAUCCUCCAGGGAGUUCGAGGCUCUACGCAGGGAGCUGGAGGAAGAGGCGUCACGGCAGCGUCUACAUUUCCUGGAAGAGGCGGAGCUUCUGAAGUGCCAGUCGGAGGAGCAGCUACAGCAUAAGGUUGCACAGUUAAAGGAGGAAAACGAGCGGGAGAAGACUGCUGCUCUGGAUGAACUGGAGAGAAGCCUGCGUGAGCAGCACCAGCAGCUUGACCUCUGCUACACGGAUAAAAUGAACCAGCUCACUGCACAGCUCCAACAACUGGACACGGUGGUCUCUCAGCUGCGUGCAGAGGUGAGUGGUUUGCAGGGGGAGCUGGAGGGUAAGCGCUCGGAGAUGGACACGCUGGAGACGCUGCUGCAGCGGCGUGAGCGCGAGAGUCAGGAGGGAGCCAACCACCUCGCCAUGCUACGUGAUGACCUCAGCACAGUCACUCAGCAAAGACAAGACAUUCAGCUGGCCCAUGACCGACUUCAGCAGCUUAUCCUGGAGAUGCUCCGGAUUACAAUUGCGACAGAGGAAGAGAUCGGACGCAGGUUGGGGAUUUAUGUGGAAGGUGAUUGCACCGGAGGUAGCACUCCGAAAAGGACACCAAGUGGCAAGCAUGAUGCCCAUGAGACAGCAGACGUGGACUCUGGAGCUGUAGACGGUGGAGCAAACUGCAGCAUGUUCUCGUCUGUGAUCGAUGAAGGUCUGGAGCUGUCUCAGCGGCUGUGCGAGAGUUUGUUUUCAGGCCCCGACGGAGAGCUGGACCCCGAAAGAGAGGAGUUGGUGCUGGGACCCUGCACUCGUCUCCGUGCCGCAGUGGACAAACUAUUAGAGAUGGUCUCUGACUCCACAGUGCAGUUGGAGCAGCUGCGAGCUCUUCAGGCCAUGCUGGAUGAGCAGUUCAGUGAGGGUGGAGAAGUGAAGAACGCUCUUCUGCUGCAGCACACUCAGCUUCUGGCGCAGCUGGACCAGGAGGCGAGUGUGAAAAGUCAGCUGCAGCUAGAAAUGCACAAGGCUGAAGGUCUGAUGGAGGGCUAUGUGGCAGAUAAGGCCGCUCUGGAGGAGGCGCUGAAGAAGAAGGAGGCGCGUGAGCAGAGGCUGGUUGAGGAGCUAGAGAGCACUCGGGCUCAGCUGCAGGAGCUCAGUGAGGAACACGCUCUCCUGCAGCGUCAACGUGACGCACUCUCCACAGGGCUUGGAGAACCCGAGAAAGCACUGCUGGCUGAAGCGGAGCGGCUCGGGCAGGAGCGCAUGGACGUGCAGCGACAGGCAGAGAAGGACCGUGUCGGACUGGCAAGUCGGCUGCGCUUUCUCGAACUGGCGGUGGAGGAGCACGAGAGCCGAGCGCAGCAGCAGGAGGAGCAGCACCGCACCCAAACCGAGGACCUGCAGCAGCACAUCAGCGCUCUGGAGAAACAACUCAAACACCACCGCCAGUUCAUAGACGAGCAAGCUGUGGAGCGAGAGCACGAGCGGGAUGAGUUCCAGCAGGAGAUUAAGAACCUGGAGGCGCAGCUGAGGGUGCCCUCUAAAGGACAAACUGGAGGAGAAGACAAGGGUCAGAGGAUUGAAGACUUGAUUAUCCAGGUGGAAAGUCUCCAAGCUCUUCUCAAAGACAAAACCGAGGACUACAGCGUUCUCCUCUCGGUUAAGGAGAAGUACCAGCGUGACCUGGAGGACCGUAACGAAGAGAUCGAUAAGAUGGCGUCCCGCAUCCGUGAGCUGGAGCAGGCUCUCCUGAGCAGCACUGAGGCGGGACGGGCCGUCACGCAGCUGGAACAGGAGCUCCAUAAAGCACGCAAGAGCCUGCAGGAGCUCUCUCAGGAUAAAGAAGCCCUGCAGCAGCAGCUGUACUCUAAUAAACUCCAGAUCUCGGCUCUGCAGUCCAAACUCGAUGAGACGAGGCACCGCUUCCCCGACCCCAGUGCUGACCCCAACCUCAGAGAACAGCUAGAGACGCUCCAACAGGACCUGCAGAACAAAGAGGAACAGGUGCAGGUGCUGCUGGUGCGAGUGGAAGAGCUGGAGAAGUCUCUGGCAGUAAAAGAGGACGACAUCAGGCAGCUCUCACUGCAGCUUGAGCUUAAAACUAAUGAAAGCAGAGCCAGGGAGGAAGAACUACACCUGCGUGUCACUGCACUACAGGAGACUGUGAGCACGCUACGCAGACAGCAGCAGGAAGCAGGAGACACUUCAACACUGCAGCUUCCUGCUGCUCUGCUGGAGGAGAAGAACCUGGAGAUUGACCACCUCAACCAGCAGAUUCAUCAGCUGCAGCAGGAGCUGGACUCCAUCAAGGAGAACAAGACGGCAGAGGAGAAGCAAGUGGACAUCGAAGAUCUACGUGCGCAGGUGGAGCGUCUCCAUGGCGAUCAAGAGCGUCUGCGACAAGCCAAAGAGGAAGAGGCGGAGCAGCUGCACGAGGUCAUCCACAAGCUGCAGGAGGAGCUGAGCCAGCUUGACCCUAACCGGCAUGAGGUCAGCGACCCAAAUACGGACAGCCCCGAGCCUCCCGAGUUCCCCUGGUCCCCUCGGCCGCAGCACGGCGCCGAAGAGAGCUUGUGCCACGAGCUGAGCAGCCAGACGCUUCAGAGCUGUCGCACCAAAGUUUGUGAGCUCCAGAUGGAGCUAGAACGAUCGGCAGAGGAGAAGGAGGCACUUCAGAGACUGCUCCUGACCCAGGAAGAGCAGUACGGACAGCAGGUGGAGGCGCUGAGCCGCAGCCUUGGUGAAGAGAGAGGCAGGCUGGUGCUCCUGGAGCAGGAGGCUGGAGAGCUGAAACUCCACUUGGGCGAGAAGGAGGCCGAAGUGCAGAACCUCCAAGAUUGCAUCCAAAAUCUUGAAGACGGAGAGAGGAACCUGAAAGAGUUGGAGCUCCGGCUGAAGAAGGCAGAGGAAAGGAGGAAGGAGGUGCAGCAGGAGGCGACCAGGUUGAAUGAGGAGGCUCAGAAGCACACAGGAGAGCGAGCGAGGAUGGAGGGCCGGCUCGCCGAGCUGCAGCAGAAGUCUGAGGACGGCGAGAACACUGCGGCAAAGAUGAGGCUGCAGGUCACAGAGCUGGAGGAGAAGCUUGAGCAGCAGAACUCCGACAUCGCCAUCUUGGAGACGAGCAAGAAGGAGCUGUACAUGGAGAAACAGGCUCUUCAAAGACGCGAGGGCAAGCUCCAAGAGGAAAUCGAGAAGCUGAAACAGGAACUGUCCGCAAAGAGCAGACAGAUACAGGAACUGAAUCUGCAGCUGGAGGAGAGGGUGACUGAACAAGAGGAGACGCAGAAAGAAGUUCUGACGUGCGCCGAGGAGACCCUGGCUAAAGCCGAAGCAGCUUUGCGAGAAAAGGAGGAGCAGUUGGCUCAUCUGAGGUUGCAGCACGAUUCACUGAGAGCGGAGCUCGCUGCAGUGAAGGAAGGCCUGAGCACAAGUACAGAGAGAGCUGAGAAACUACGGGAGGAGGGGCAGUCCAAGGACCGUGCUCUGGCUGAUCUAGAGGAGCAUAACCAGUGUCUUCGGGCUGAGCUGCGUGGCUUGCAGGACGAUCUGGAAGUGCAAGAGGAGGAGCUGGCCUACCAGCAGAGGGAGCUGGAGGAGCUGCGGCAACGUUGCCGCCAUCAGGAGCACGCCGAGCUCCACAUCUCCAAGCCUGAGCAGCGCUUCCUGGACGGCCUGUCCCGUGACUCCUCCCUCCCUUCUCCGGAGGCGCUGCGGCGGCUCGACUGCAGCGAAGAGCGGCCGUCUCACCUGCACGCGUCUCACCUGUCUGAGCUGAGCGGCCUGCGCAACACCAGCGUGGAGCUGACUAGCAAGCACUCGCCCACGGAGAGAAACGAGCUGAAACGGCCACUCGCGCUACUGCCAGAGACCGAUCCACCCAGCACACACUCGCCAUCUGCUUCCCCACGUUCACUCUCGAUUUCUGAGAACAUCUCUGUGCUUGACUCACUGGACACUGACAAGGUUCAAGACCUGGAGAAUCUGGAUGACGUGACUCCAUCUCGCUCUCCUCUCUCUACUACCUCCCGGGUGUCUGCACCAGAGUGGGCCAGUGAUGGAUAUGGCAGCAAUGUGAGCUCAGAGCUGGAGGCCAAGCUGAAGCAGGAGCUGGAACAUACGGAGCGUCUUGACACUCACUUUGUGGAGUACCUGCGCAGCAGAGACAUGGCACCCGCUUCUCGCUCUGACAGUGCAGCAGGCAGCCUGCAUCACACCUAUGAGCUGCUCUCACCUGAGCUACAGGCCAUGCUGAACCGUGUGUACCGCGAGAGCUGCAGAGUUCUGUCUCUGUCCCAUCGUCCCGCUCCUGCUGGACAGCCUCACCCAGACUCCGAGGAGGCUCCACCCCCAUCCUGGCAAAGAGAGAGGCGGGCCUUGCAGGAGACAGUGCUGUCACUCCGAGAGCUCCUCUGCAGGAUGGCUGAGCGUGAGCCCAAGGUGGAUGGUGAUGUAGACUGGCGGAGGGAGCUGUUGCAGGCCGUGCAGAGUGUGUUUGACAGCGAGAGAAAAUGGCUUCAUGCACAGCUUCAGGAUGUUGUGGCAACCAACCCCGGCAUAGACUACACCUACCUGCUGAAGCAUUUGGAGACGCUGUUGCAAAAACAGGAGGAGCAGCAGAGGAGGUCGCUGGAGCAGUUGCUGAGUGCAGACCGGAACAGUCUCCUGGCUGAAAUCCGCAGUUUGCACGAGCAGCUACAUGCCUGCACGCUGCAGAGCCAGGAGCAGUUGCGAGAGCUGCAAAGCUCGCUUAGUGCUGUUUGUGAGGAGGGCGCACAGGCGCAACAGCAGCUGCACAGACAGGUUGGAGAGCUGGAGAGGCAGCUACAGCAGGAGCAAACGGCGACUCAGGACCUGCAGUGCUCCCUGGCAGAGGAGCAGUCCAGAUCAACAAAUCAGUAUCGCCAACUGGAGGCAGAGCAGAAGCUGGUGGUGGAGAUGAAGGCGGAGCUGGAGGAGCGCACUCAGCAGCUGCAUUUGUCCAGUAAAAGCCAAGAGGACCUCCAGGCUCAGAUCCACAAACUCCGGCUGAAGCUGGAGAGUGUGGAGCAGGAGCGUCAGGCUUUUGUGGAGGCUGUGGAGAGAGAGCAGGCCAGAGUGAAGCAGCUCCAGGAGGAACUUCAUCAUGAGAGACUCAGCAGCAAACACACACAGGAGGAGCAUGCACACACUCAAGAGUCUCUGCGUGCCUCCCUGAACGAGUAUGAGACUCGCUUGAGCAAGCUGAGCUCCGAGCUGGAGCAGGAGCGCGUAGCUGUCAGUAACUUGCGUGCUGAGCUGCAGAUCGAACAGUCCCGCUGUGAAGCCCUGCUGGCCCAGGAGCGUGAGCGCACUGAGCUAGCCCUCUGUCGUCUGGAUGAGGAGCGCUCGCGCAGUGCCGAACUCUCACGCACACUCUCACACCAGGCUCAGGAGCAUGCUCGCCGCCUGGAGGAGGAGGUUCGCUCCCAGGAGGCGACAAACACCCACGAGAGGAAGUUCAUCCAAGAGCUGAGGGAGCAGCUGGAGCAGGAGCGGCGCCAGGCUGAGGAGCUCGCCGCCACGGUGGACCGUCUGCAAGCCCAGGUGCUCCAGGGGAAACGCAGGCAGGAGGAAGCGGCGCAGCAGGAAGCACAGAGAGGACAGGAGGAAGUGAAGAGGCUACGCUCUGCUCUGGAUGGCCUGCAAGCACAGCGGGCGGAUGUGAGCCACACCUUGGAGAUGGAGAGACACCGAGCCUCUCGGCUUCAGACAGAACUGGAUGCCAUGAAGGAGAAGAUGAGGGAGGUGAAGGAAAAGGAGCGAGCUAGGGAGGAGCAAAGGGAAAAGCAGAGGUGGCGUGAGAAACAAGAGCAAGAGGACAAGGAGCGGCGGCAGGAGCGCACCAAAGAGAAACUGCUGGAGCUGGAGGCGUUGCGCGAGCGAGAUCAGCAGCGUUUAAGACAGCUGCAGCAGACUCUGGCUGACCUGGAGCAGGAAGAAAAGCGGUUGACCUCAGAACGCCUGCACAGGGACCUGCACACUACUGACAGCACCUGCAUUACUCUCACACAGGACUCGCCCUCUUCCUCCUCUCUGUUGGAUCGUGUAUUAAAGGAGAACUCUGAGCUGGCGGAGCGUCUCGCAGUUCUGAGCGAGGAGAAGAUCUCCCUCAAACAUACUGUAUCUUGUCUGGAGAAAGACCUGCACAACCUCAAACGCAGUGAAAAGGAGAAGUUUUCGAUGCAGCUGGACCCAUCUGUAUUAUCUGAGAAGCUGGCCUGGCAGAAGGAGAAGGUGGCCUUGCAGGCUGCUCUACACAAAGCCAAGGAUGAUCUCGUGAAGGCCACAGCCAGGAACGAGAACCGAUCAAUAGCUGACAUUUCCAGCAAUAAGGUGCAGAGACUGUAUGAAAAGUACCUGAGAGCAGAGAGCUACCGGAAAUCUCUGGUGUAUCAGAAGCGCUACUUGCUGCUGCUGCUCGGCGGUUUCCAGGACUGCGAGCAGGCCACGCUGGCUCUGAUAGCACGGAUGGGCGCUCAGCCGACGCUCAUGGCACAAGCCUCCCGACCAAUCAGCCGCUUCAGGAGCGCCGUCAGAGCGCUCGUCGCCAUCUCCAGGCUCAAGUUCCUCACCAGGAAGUGGCAAAGGGCUACGAAAAAAAGUUCAGUAGGAAGUGUGACCGUUUACAAUGCAGCUGUAAGGACCGAGGUUCUGAAACCACAGCAGUCCGGAGCUGGAUUCAACUCUCCACCCACUCGCAUUCCCUCCCAGGGCACUGCGGUCUCGCCUCAAGUGCCUCCAGUUAAAUCUCCUUUCCGACUGCAUAACGGAGGAUACUCCAGCAGCAUCAUGGCCCCGUCUGAGCGCACCCUCACCCCCUCCCAGGAGCAGGAACGCUCCCUCACCGACUACAUUCAUCACCUGGAGAGCGUCCAGCAGCGCCUAGGAGCUGUUCGUCCAGUCCCCCGAGACGAGCGGAGGCGGAGUCUCCCUGAUAUGAUGGGCUUUCGGCAGAAAUGGUUGCAUGAGAAUAGAACCUGGCUGUAUUUGAGUUGUUUGUCGCCGGGUUACAUGUGGCCUUUAGGUUCCUCUGCGACGUUCCCUUUUCCCAGGAAAUCUGACCGAUGAACAGACGAAGCACCAUCGGCACUGAGCCAUUGUAACGUCACCAGUGUGUGUUCAAGAUACUUGAUCAUUUUAUAAUAAAUUAUUUGUAAUCUACUUUUAUACUCCAACCUCAGAUUAACCACAAAUGACCACCUGAAUGUGUUUAGAGUCAGUGACUUUUUUUUCUUUUCUUUUUUUUUUCUCCUCUACAUCUGAAAUGUUUCUCACUCCAGAUGGUCUGUAAAUAUGCUCACAGUUGUUUUAGUUGUGUUCAGCUUCCCAGUUUUUUACAACAUUUGCACUGGAAUCUGUACAGAAUCACCGUUAUAACUGCACAAGGACACACGUUUGUCUUUUUAUAUUAGAUGGAUUUUAUAUUAAACUGUAGGUUUUCUAUGUUCAAUAAAUAUUUUAAUAUUUCA